GGCUGACAAACAUCCCUGUCAGCUGGAUUUAUGGUUUUGUUUUGAUGACUUGAAACAAAAACCACGAGCUGAAGACUCAGACCAGCUUAGUCUUUCUGAACAAGCGGGACUAGAGCAGAAUUCAAGAGCUGGAGCAGCUUCAGGAGGCCAGGUGAACUUCAGGGGGUGAAGCAGGUGUGUGAGUGUGGACUUCUAACCUGAGCAGCUGAGGCUCUAAAUAAACGAACAGGAUGAACAAAGGGGUCCGGAGUGGUCUGACAGGCCAGCGGAAUCCUGGAUUUGAGCUGGAGAUGACUGAGAGCCCCAACAAGACCCAGGACCCAGAUAGUCCUGAAGUCUCAGAGAGUCCUCAGGUCUUUGGGUCUCCCCAUGGGUCCAAGUCCCGAGUGUCAGAAGCAGUAAAAUCUGCUGCCUGGUGGGCUUCGUAUUCCUGCAGCCGCUGGAGGCAAAGAAGAAGAAAACUGAAAGGUGUUCACUUGGAGACCAGGUACAGAGGCCUGGCUGAGGACGAUGAAAGUGAUGAGAAACAGAGAGAUGAGAUCGACACGAGUAAAAACCAGCACCUGAACAGAAAACUACUGAACCACUUUAGACAUCUGGCCUUUACCAACCAGGACACAGACCAGGUUGACCUUCAGUUUGUGGAUGAGGUGAUUUCUGACGGGGCUGAUCCAAACAGCAGCGACCGAUACGGACAGACAAUCCUACAUGAGAUUUCCAGAGCAUGGAGUGUGGAUGUGAUGCGGUUUUUCUUAGACCGGGGCUCAGACCUCUUCAGACCUGAUCAGUUUGGAGUCACAGCUCUUCAUGUGGCCUCAGCGCUGGACUAUCAAGACAUGGUUCAGUUCCUGCUGGACCACAAAGCCGAUCCAGAGGCCCGGACCAUUCUGGAUCAGCAGACUCCUCUUCACUAUGCUGCCAAGAACGAUGCUGCAGGUUCAAUCAGACUGCUGCUGCAGGCCGGAGCUUCCAUCAGCUGCACCGACUACAAGCACAGAACGCCACUGCAGCUCGCCGCCAACUUUGAGCGCAGUGAAGCAGCCCAGGUACUGCUGGAGCAUGGAGCAGAGGCUGGGAUGAUCGACGCUGAUGGACAACUCUGCAUCACUGCCUUGACUGGUCGGAUGAGCCCAGUGGCCCUGUUGGCUCUCAGUCAGUUCCAUGUGACGGACAGAAUGACCAGACAGGAGUUCUACUACCUGAACCUGCUGGAACCACAACCUCCUAAGACCCCCACACAAGAGGCUGUCAUCAGUGAGCCAACAUCUCCACUGGAGGUGGUGGUUCACCAGGGGAAACUGGACCUCAUCAUGCACCCAGUCUUUCUCAAACUGAUACAGACCAAAUGGAAGCUUUACGGCAGGUUGGGGGCGUGGCUUCUCCUCAUCCUCAACAUCCUGUUCAAUGUCUCCUGGACAACCGUGGCCAUCUCUGUGUCUGUCCACAGAGACUCACCUGAUCGCUACACCCUCCCUGAGGACUGGUGGCGGGUCUUCCUUGUGGUCCUGGCCCUCCUGAUAACUCUGGAGGAGGUGAUGAGAGAGGUGCUGGACAUGCUGCGUUCCAGAAAGAAGAUGCGCCUUUGGCGACAGUGGGCGGAGCGGCGUCUCCAAGAUGACCUUGAAUGUUUACAUCCUAUGUGGCCGCAGGAGAGAGUUUUCCUCCAAGAACAGAACCAGCGGAUUUACAGGAUGAGAGGAAACUACCGCCGGGAUCUUUGGAACGUGUUUGAUUGGCUGGUUUACUCUCUGCUCACAGCGUCGUUUAGCGUCCACAUGGUGGACGUGUUUCGACCAUCUGCCGGCCUUCAUACCAUCAGCAUGCGUCUGUUCUCCGUCACCAUCAUCUUCCUGUGGCUGCGGCUGAUGAAGCACGUCAGAGCCUUCAGGUUAAUGGGUCCAUUCAUCGUCAUGUUGGGGAACAUCAUCGGGGAUGUGAUGUGCUUCCUGUUCCUGUACGCUGAGAUCUUUAUUCCCUACGCCUGCAGCUUCUGGAUUAUAUUUGGAGGCUCCUCGUCAGUUCCCAGCAUGCAAUCUGUCUCCGACUUGCUGUUCAGUUUGUACCGCAUCACUCUGGUGGAUGAGUACGAGUACACUGCCAUGUACAAAGUGGACAACAUCAUGGCUCCUCUUCUGUGUGGGACAUUUUUGGCUGCAUCCUCCAUCCUGUGCGUGAACAUGCUGAUCGCCCUGCUGAGCGACACCUUCCAGAGGGUCCAUGACAACUCAAAGGCAAAUGCUGUGAUGCAGCAGGCCACAGUGAUCCUACAGGUGGAGGACUCCAUGCCCUUCCUCCGCCAUUUCUAUGACAACCAGUUCAUCGCAAACCAGUGUGCCCCGCUGGCCGAAGCCUACAACGAUGACAUCACAACAAACCCCUUAUACCAUGAUGAGAUGGGCCGCAUCACAGCCCAGAUUAAAAAUACACUGGAUCAGUUCCUGGUGCUGCAGAGAGACAUGGACCCAGUGAGAGGCCCAGGAGUCGAGGAAAUCCAGACGAAGGACAUGAGCCUGGACAAUCAGGAGCAGAGGGACCAGAAACUACACAAGCAGGAGCCUCUGGAGAAGAGCCCAUCCAACCAGGGUCUGCAGGACCAGAAUCUGAACUCACUGGAGCUUCAGGCCAUCAAAGCAGAACUGAAGGAGCUCCGGACCCUGGUCCAGCAGUUGAUUCAGACCAGGUCCGAGUCUUAACAGAUCUGAGUCUGGUGAACCUGACUGAUCCGUCCUGACCAGAACCAUCAGAUCUUAAGACCAUGAGAAGAAAGAGCUCCUUUGAUUUUGGAGCAAUAACUGAUAAAAAGGAGGAAGUUUGUGUGACAACAGAGGUUGGAGCGUGAAGGAAGCUGAAGUGAAUCUGAUCAUAAUUGUUUCAUUUCAUUUGAAUAAGUUAUUGUAGCUCAAUUCAUCCUCACUUAACUCUACAAUGUUGCCAUGAUAAAAGAAGAUUUCAUGAAAACAGAAAAUGAA